ACAGUGCACACCAGAUAUAUCUGGUGAUGACUGCAAAGGGUGUCUUAAAAAGGCUAUAGCAGUGCUGCCCUUGUGUUGUGCUAUCAGCGUGGGAGGCAGAGUGCUCUCUCCAAGCUGUAAUAUUAGGUAUGAGCUCUACCGCUUCUACAAUACUGCAUCCCCUGCACCACCGCCUAUGACAAACUUACAUUCCUUCACCGGUGCUCCUCCUCCUAGUUCCACUAAAGGCAAAGGACGAAGACCCCCACGAGCAGUUUUUCCAAUUGCUGUCCCAUUAAUUGGGGUUGCUGUUGUGCUAUUUAUCAUGGCUUUAGUUUUCCUGAAAAGAAGAUUGCGGAAGAGUUAUGUUGCUAUGGCACUGGAAACAAGUGAUGGCGUUGCUGAUAUCUUCACUGCCGAAUCUUUACAGUAUAGCUUAACUGAAAUUCAAAUUGCCACAAAUAACUUCUCUGUGGAUAACAAAAUUGGCGAAGGUGGAUUUGGUCGUGUAUACAAGGGUGUACUUGGUAAUGGACAAGAAGUAGCUGUUAAAAGGCUGUCAAGGAGCUCAGUGCAAGGUGCAGAAGAAUUUAAAAAUGAAAUUGUAGUAGUCGCAAAGCUUCAACACAGAAAUCUAGUUCGGCUAUUGGGAUUUUGCCUGGAAGGAGAAGAAAAGAUACUCAUCUAUGAACUUGUUCCUAACAAAAGCCUUGACUACUUUCUCUUUGAUCCAGAAAAUAAACGAUCAUUGAACUGGUCAAGACGUUACAAUAUCAUUGGAGGUAUAGCAAAAGGACUUCUUUAUCUGCAUGAGGAUUCUCGUCUAAGAAUUGUUCAUCGCGAUCUCAAAGCAAGCAAUAUAUUAUUGGAUGGAAAUAUGAGCCCAAAGAUCGCAGAUUUUGGCAUGGCAAAGAUUUGUGGAGUUGAUCAAUCUGAAGGAAACACAAAUAGAAUUGCUGGGACAUUCGGUUACAUGGCUCCUGAAUAUAUGAGACGGGGCCAGUUUUCGAUAAAGUCAGAUGUAUUCAGUUUUGGGGUUGUUAUUUUAGAAAUGGUUACAGGCAAGAAGAAUAGUAGUUUCCAAAAAUCUGAAGAUUCUGAAGACCUCGUAAGCUAUGUUUGGAAGCAUUGGAGACGUGGCGAACCUUUAGCUCUUCUGGAUUCAAGUAUUGGAGAUUCUUUUGCCAAAAAUGAAGUCAUUCAAUGUGUCCAAUUAGGCUUACUAUGUGUUGAAGAAUAUGUCAGUAAAAGGCCUACAAUGGUUUCCGUGGUCAAUAUGCUCAAUAGUAGCUCUGUUACCCUACCAACUCCACAUCGUCCAGCAGUUUUCCGGAGCCAUGGAUCGGAAAGCAUUGUGGAAGAGCUGGAAGUUGAGCAACCUAAUACCGAAAGAAUUUCAAUUCCAAGCUCUGUAAAUGAGGCAUCAAUUACUGAACCAUACCCCAGAUAGGGGAAGAAAUAGGCCAAUUCUGGUUGGGAAUAUUGAGUGCAUCACCAGCACCACAUUGUA